GCAGAUACCGGAAAGGUUAUUGCUGACCGCAGAAUUGGGGUUUUGUUGCGAAUACCGGUUAUUGUUGAUGUGAUUUUUGGAUAUGAAGACUGCUUUAAUGAUCGCCGAGAAGCCGAGCUUGGCUCAAACAAUCGCUGUAAUUUUGAGCAACAAUAAGUUGCAAACCAGGAAAGGUUCGUGCUUGGUUCAUGAAUGGUCGGAUACCUUCGACAAUUCUCCCACGAGAUUCAAGAUGACCUCGGUCUGUGGACAUGUAUACGGAUUGGAUUUUUUGUCGAAGUACAACGAUUGGGGUGUCGUUGAUCCGGCUGAGCUAUUCCAUUGCCCUACGGAGAAACGGGAAGCAAACAAAAACUUGAAUAUUCCGUCGUUCUUGUCUCAUGAGGCGAAAGGGGCAGAUUUCUUGAUCCUUUGGCUGGAUUGUGACAAGGAAGGAGAGAACAUUUGCUUUGAAGUGAUUGAUUGCGUUAGAAACGCCAUGAAGCUGCCAAGAGAUAUAUCUCUGGCGAAGAAGAUAGUUUAUCGAGCUCAUUUUUCUGCUCUUUCGGAGAAAGACAUCAAACUCGCGUUCAAAAAUUUGGGUUUCCCGAACGAAAACGAGUCCAGGAGUGUCGAUGCGCGACAAGAGUUGGAUCUGAGAAUAGGCUGUGCUUUCACGAGGUUUCAAACGAAAUUUUUUCGGGACAAAUACGGAUCGGAAGACUUCGAGCUGCUCUCGUAUGGCCCAUGUCAAACCCCUACUCUUGGAUUUUGUGUUGAGAGACACGAUCAAAUUCAAGGCUUUAAACCCGAACCCUAUUGGACCCUUAGUGUGAAAACAAAAGUAUCUGAAUCUGAACUUCGAUUAAGCUGGGGAAGAGUGCGGUCGUUCGAUAAGGAAGUUGCUCAAUUGUUCUUCAAUCGAGUCAAAGUCCACAGUGAAGCAAAGAUUGUCAAGAUUUCGUCAAAGGAGAAAUCCAAAUCUCGCCCAUUAGCGUUGAAUACGGUCGAAAUGUUGAGAAGCUGCAGUUCAGGUCUUGGAAUGGGUCCACAGCACACGAUGCAAUUGGCGGAGCGCUUGUAUACCAGCGGGUACAUUUCAUAUCCUCGCACGGAAACGACUCACUACCCGGAGAAUUUUGACAUCAAAGCUACUGUGAAAAUGUUGGAAAGAGUUCCUGAGCUAGCGGAAGACGUGAGAUCUUUGAUGAGACUCGGCGUGAACCGACCGAAAAAAGGACACGAUGCUGGUGAUCAUCCUCCGAUCACUCCGAUGAAAGCAAUGUCGUUCGGAGACAUGGAUCCUGAAAGCUUCCGGUUGUACAUUUUCAUCGUGCAACAUUUUUUGGCCACGGUACAUUAUGACUGCAAGUACCUGUCGACCACUUUGGAAGCCGUCAUUGGCUCGGAGAUAUUUUCUUGUACUGGUGUGACACCCAUAAAUCCUGGAUAUACGUCCAUAUUAACUUGGCAAGGGCUGGACUCUCAUUCGGACCGAAUUCCGGAGGCCCGAGAAGGGCAAAUUUUACCUAUUAUCGAGGUGAAAAUGCUGGACAAGGAAACCACACCACCAGAAUACCUGACGGAAUCAGAGCUUAUUACUUUGAUGGAAAAGCAUGGCAUCGGAACCGAUGCUUCGAUUCCCGUUCACAUUAAUAACAUUUGCGUCAGAAAUUAUGUAACAGUCGAAAGUGGAAGAAAGCUGAAGCCAACUACGCUGGGCGUUGUGCUUGUGCACGGUUAUCAGAAGGCGAACUUGGUGCUCCCGACGAUGCGAAGCGCCGUUGAAGAACAAUUGAACUUGAUCGCGGCAGGAAAAGCUGAUUUUUCUGCUAUCUUGCGUCACACCUUGGAUGUUUUUCUAAACAAGUUCAUCUACUUCGUCAAGUCUAUCGAUGCGAUGGAUGAAUUAUUCGAAGUUUCCUUCUCAAAAUUGGCGGAUUCUGGAAAACCUUUCUGCCGUUGCGGAAAAUGUCGACGUUAUAUGAAGCUAAUCACCGCUCGACCAACUCGCCUAUUUUGCGUGAACUGUGAUGAAACUUACGCCCUACCGCAAGACGGAAACAUUAAACUGUACAAGGAGUUGAAGUGUCCAAUUGACGAUUUCGAGUUGCUGACGGUUUCCAACGGACCUCGUGGAAAGAGCUAUGCGUUUUGCCCGUUCUGCUUCAACCAUCCACCCUUCAAAGAUAUGAAGAAGGGUGAUGGGUGCAACUUGUGUGUCCACCCUACUUGUCCUCACAGUGUCAUCACGAAUGGGGUAACAGCAUGUCCUGACUGUGAUUCUGGAUUAUUGGCGCUAGAUCCGUCAUCUGGGCCUAAUUGGAAGCUGGGCUGCAAUCGUUGCAACGUGAUUUUGAGAGUGUUCACAGAUGCCUCCCGCGUCUGUGUGCGCGACAAUGAAACGUGUGAGGAGUGCAAUUCACAGAAGGUUUCUGUGGAGUACAAAGAGGGGAAGAGUAAAUUACCUGAUGGAUCGACGGAUGCAACUGGUUGCUUAUUCUGCUCUGCCGAAUUCUCCAAUCUUGUCGAAAAACACCGAGCUAUUCGCGGUAAACAAAGCGGAAAAGGACGAGGAAGAGGUCGAGGUCGAGGAGGAAGCCGUGGUCGUGGAAAACCCCGGAUCAAAGAUAAAAUGACGCUUCUGGACCGUGAGAUGGAAGAAGACAAUUUCUUUUUGUAUGAUCACGAAUCGGGUCGCGAAUUUUUGAAGUUGUACGCGAGCCAUGCGGCGCUCGGGCCGAUGGCAAAUUGGCGAAUGUUGGCGAUACACGAAGAAUUGCAAACGAAAGUGCUUCAAAAGAAAUUCCCGAUCGGAUUCCUUUGGGAAUUUCUUAAUACGUUCGCGUUCGUGGAUGCCGUGAACGCAAAACAUCGUUACACUAUGCGUCCGUUUAAGUUCCUCAACGAACUCAAGCCUAUCCAACCGUUUCGUUGGCAAGUCCAUGGUGUUGACGGCGAAGCUGUUAAAGAGCAAAGGGAGCUUGUGAUCGAAACUCCUCCGAGUCGAAGUAGACUCUCCAAAAACUCGAAAACGACGGAACGGAGAAGAGACGCCCGACGAAGGAAGGAUGAUCAGGUUGAACUUGACAGUCAACUUGUCCUUCGUGUGCCUGAGGAUGUGGCUGGUAAAAUUCGAAAGGUUAUUUACGACCCCAUCAUUGCUGAGAAACUUAACAUGAAGAUUGACAAUGACUUACGUAAAGUCACAGUGCGAUUUGAGGACGAGGUUUUGCAUGGAAAAGUGGUCGAUUUGCCGACUAUUACUGAAUGCAUGAAGACUAUCGAUCGCAAAAACUUCUAUAAAACGGCCGAUAUUGUUCAGAUGAUAGUUUGCCAGAGAGGAGAAGAACCUGUCCAAGAAGAUGAUUCGGCCGAAAAACCGCGGAAAAAAGACCCGAACAAGGUCGACAAGAAGUUUCUGUGGCCGCACGGUAUUACGCCACCGCUGAAAAACGUUCGCAAACGAAGAUUCCGGAAGACACUGCGGAAGAAGUAUCAUGACGCUCCUGAAGUGGAGAAGGAAGUGAAGCGACUUUUUCAAGUGGACGUGGAAGCUGUGAGUGUUAAAUAUGAAGUGGUUGUCGAUGAAGAAAUACCGAAGGGCAAACAGAGGAAUCAACAGGGUCCGAGCUCUUCGCAAGAUUAUGGAUUAAAUGAAGACUCGUCGUCCCGCUUGGAUGUUGCAGAUAAUGAAGAUUCUAAUUCGAUGGUUAUUAAACCAGAAAUCGGAGAACAUGACAUAUUCGGCGAGGCGUUGAGUGAUUCAGACGAAGAACAGGUUCCCUCGGUCUCCGCUCGACCGCCGACUGGACUGACCGACGAAGAUUCCAGAAUGUCCCUGGAUGACAGCGCUUCCAUGGGAAAACUGAUGAAAGACGAGACUUCUUCUCCAACUCCUUCUACUCCGUCCAAGGGGAAAUUCACCUUUGAGGGUCUUUCUGGAAAUCGAGCUAGUCCCAGUACUUCUUCACCGAAAGACCGACGUGUAGCUCUGACAGAAAGAAUCGAAAGCCUUCAGCGAGAAUUGACUGACUUGGCCGUUAAACGAAGAUCACAGGAACAAAAUUUGACUUUGGUGGAGAACACCGCGUUGCGACAGAGAUUCCAAGUAAUAUUGGACGCUAUCGCGCAGGAAGAGAAUGAAAAGGAAGCAGAGUUGGCGGAAUUGCGUCGAAGGUUGAGCUUGAUGUGAAGUGGUUGCGAUCCUGCGCCUACCAGUGAUAUGAUCAUUCAUGAAUUUAUUUCUUCAUCGCGUGAAGCAUUCGAAAUAAGAUUUUUCGCUGCCCUACCAUCGGUUCAGAAUUUUUUUUCAAGCGCAUCUGAAGUUUGUCAUUUUAUUUUCGUAAAUUGUUUUUUUAAAUGCGAUACCGUAUUAAGUGCUGUACUUUAUGUGACCCCCGUGUAAAACCCAAACUUUUGUUGGUUAAAAUAAAACAAUUGGUUUUAUAAAAAGUUCAAUUGCAAGGCACGCACCGAUUUUUUUAUGUUCUGGGAAAUUUUGGAAUAUUGUGCGCGUGAUGCACGAAAAAGCUUGUGCGAAACGUGCGUUAUCCCUAAUUUCAAAUGUCUGAGUGUAUUAUUUUCAACUUGAACCAGUCUCCUAGAUUUCCACUGACCUUGGAUUUGAAUGCGAAAUAUAUUCGCAUUUCUUUGCA